AUGGUUCCUGCUCGACCUCUUGACGAGCCUGGCUUUGGUCGAUGGUGUCCCUUCGGUGGCCGUGUGUUACCAGAACUGUUCUCAGCACGACGAGGCUCAGUGCGACGAGGUCACCACCAAGUGGUCGAGUCCUUCCUACCAGUGAGUGGUACAGUUAAUGAAGCCAUCACAGAGACGCUGCUGACGAGCGAGAAGUUGGUCAAGCAGCUGCAGCCGUGGCGCAAGGCCAGCCCCAGCGCCAAGAAGGGGGGGCAGCUCAAGCAGAACUACGACCGUUGGGGGUUCCUCUACGGUGCCACCGCUGGUGGCAGCGAGGACUGGUACAUCACAGGCCAGAUCGAUUGCUACGUGACGCAGAACGGUCGUCUGUGUCCCCAAAUAGAAAGUCCCAUACCUAGAUGA